GCUCCUCUCUCCAUGCUGCAGAGAGGAGCUGCGUGACGUCACUGGAGGCUGGAGCGGUCCCUCGCUCGGAGAGAGAGAGAGAGAGAGAGAGAGAGAGAGAAAAAAUGGGGAGAGGACUGCGAGGGCCUCAGGCAGAGGAGCCAUGAGCGAUGAGGUGUUGCCACGAUGUGUGGUCAUGUCUCUUCCACUGAACCUGGGAUCUCUCUUCCUACUGACUUUCUGUAGCUGUCCUGUUGUUGCCAUGAGAGGAUCUGUCAGAUUCUCGACUUCUGUGCCCUCAUACUGGCGCUACCGUUGCGCUGCGUGAGCGCCCCCCUCUCCUCCGGCAGUAACUGCACGGAAUGGCCUCUCUGGACCUGCCCUACCGCUGUCCUCGCUGCGGGGAGCACAAGCGCUUCCGAAGCCUGUCGUCCUUACGUGCCCACCUGGAGUACAACCACACGUACGAGACCCUCUAUGUCCUCUCCAAGUCCAACAGUGUGUGCGACGCCGCUGCUCUGCUGCCCCUAGUGGCCGAGGGAGCCCUCCUCGCCCCUGCCAACAAUAACGACCCCUUUGAGCCACUGAGGUCUUCUGCUUUAAAGGAGCGGCGCUUCCCUUGCCGUGAACUUCCUUGUGUGGACGACCUGAGUUUGACCCCUGCCAACUCCAACACCGCAGCUCGGUAUAUUCCCAAUGUGGAGUUUCCCCUGGGGGACAUUUUCAUGAAGACAGCCAUGACAUCCACAGACUCUGGUCCCCAUGGAAACCCCAGCACAGCUGUAGCAGUGGCUGCUAAUGUAGCAGCUAGCGCAGUGGAGGCGGCCUAUGAGGAAGGGCUGGCCAGGCUGAAGGCACGAGCGUUUGAGCGGCUGGAACUGGAUGAGAGGCUGGAGAAGUUGUCUGAGGAGGUGGAGCAGAAAAUAGCCGCACGUGUCGGCCGUCUUCAGUCAGAGCUGGAGAGGAAGAGCUCCGAGCUGGAGCGGGCCAAGCUCGAGAGCGAGCGGCUGAGCCAGGAGAAACAAGACCUGGAGGACAAGGCCUCGGAGCUCUCUCGCCAGGUGGACGUGUCGGUGGAAAUGCUCGCUAACCUCAAACAGGACCUGGUGAACAAGGAGGCGGAGCUCAACCACAAACAGCAGGAGGUUGCCCAGAUUGACCAGUUCCUCCAGGAGACGGCGGCGCGGGAAGCCAACGCCAAGGUGCGUCUGCAGCAGUUCAUCGAGGAGCUGCUGGACCGCGCCGACCGCGCCGAAAAGCAGCUGCAGAUCAUCAGCAGCUGCGGCACAACACCGAACGGGAGCCUGGGACGCUGCAGCCUCCAGGCCUCGAAGGGCAAUGGACGCCAGAGAAACUCCAGCCUCUCUGGAAGCACAAGGGGCAUGUACCAGGUAUCAGACCGACGUUCGUCCCCCAGCACAGGAGCAUCAGGGCGGAUCAAGUCCGUGUCGCAGGGAUCGGGUGGUUAUGACAGUGACAGCGUCGAGAUGCAUCCCAUGGAGGACUGUCCCGAGGCUCAGUACUAUCACAUGCAGUGUCGGCUGGGUGAGGGUUACGAGCGCUCCCCUGGAUGCGGCUCCAGGAACUGGGGUCUCCGUAAACAGGCGAUCCAGAACUGGCAGCGGCGACCUUACAGGAACAGCACCGAAGGCGAGGAGGGAGACGUGUCGGACGUGGGCUCCCGGACAACCGAGUCUGAGAUGGAGAUGUGGGAGCAGGAUAGGAGAGCCGUGGCUGAGGUACAGCAGUCCGCCGCGCCCUAUCCCCACCACGGCAGGGCAGGAUACCGCCCUAACAUAGGUCGGUCAGAAGGAGUCUACGGCAAACCGUGUCGUUAUGAAAAGAGCCCGUCCAGAUCCAACGAAGUGAUCAGUCCGGAGAUCCUGAAGAUGCGUGCGGCCCUCUUCUGCAUCUUCACCUACCUGGACACGAAAACCCUCCUGAGGGCUGCGGAGGUCUGCCGGGACUGGAAGUUCGUGGCUCGCCACCCGGCCGUGUGGACCAGAGUGCUCCUGGAGAACGCUCGCAUUUCUUCCAAGUUUCUGAGCACGGUGUCUCAGUGGUGCACUCAGACGCACUCGCUCAUCCUGCAAAACCUCAAACCGCGACAGCGAGGCAAGAAGGAAACCAAGGAGGACUACCUUAAAAGCACACGUGGCUGUCUGGAGGAGGGUCUGGAGGCGCUGCUAAAGGCCACAGGAAGCAACCUGCUGAUACUGAAGAUUUCCCACUGCCCCAACCUGCUGACGGAUCGCUCCCUGUGGCUGGCCAGCUGCUACUGCCGAGCUCUGCAGGCUGUCACCUACAGGAGUGCCACAGACCCAGUUGGUCAGGAGGUGAUCUGGGCCCUCGGAGCAGGUUGUAGAGACAUCAUCUCCCUACAGGUGGCACCACUACACCCAUGCCAACAACCGGCUCGUUUCAGUAACCGAUGUCUGCAGACCAUCGGAAGAUGUUGGCCACACCUCCGUGCUCUCGGUGUGGGUGGGGCCGGAUGUGGCAUUCAGGGUUUGGCCUCACUGGCGAGGAACUGCAUGCGUCUGCAGGUGCUGGAGUUGGACCAUGUGAGUGAGAUCAACCAGGAGGUGGCAGCAGAGGUUUGCAGAGAAGGCCUGAAGGGUCUGGAGAUGCUGGUGCUCACGUCCACACCGGUCACCCCGAAAGCCCUGCUCCACUUCAACAGUGUUUGCCGCAACCUGAAGUCCAUCGUGGUGCAGAUCGGUAUAGAAGACUACUUUGAGGACCCCAACAGUCCUGAAGCCAGAAAACUGUUUGAUGAGAUGGUGAACAAGCUGCAGGCUCUGAAGAAGAGACCUGGCUUCUCCAAAAUCCUCCACGUAAAAGCAGACAGUCUCUGCUAACGUCUUUUGCUCAGACUCUUCUUCGUCUUGGUGAGGUGCCAUCUUGGCUCCUGUCAGUCAGAAAGACCCAGCUGUUUUGAGGCCACUGUGUGGGGCUGAAUGUGUCCGCGGCACCGACUGAAACCAAACAGACGUUCAGCAUAAUGGACCAGAACCGAGGCUCAAUGUAAAAACUUGACACAGAAACAUCUCAUUUACUUUUCCAGUUAUGGGAAUGACAGAAACAAGGUCAGGAGGCAUAUUUGGACAUUUUACAUAUGAGAUAAAGGGCCUCGCACUCGAAUAACAACAACACAAGAUCCCCGUUUCUCAGUCGAGUUUUUGCGUUCGCCAUAAAAACGGAUUCACGUCGUCGCACAAAGCUCAGACCCCCUUUUUCGUAAAACCGCCUGGAGCUGAGUGACAGCGCUGUAUUUAACCGUCUGCAUCCACAUAACACUUGAUGUAAAAUAAAACCAGAGACGACCUUCAGCUCAUUAUACAGCAAACACUCACCACAGAGAGGAACAACAAAUGGCAAGUUUAAGCAAUUCAUUUUCUCAAAAGGUCUUUAAUGAUUAGAGUCUUGAAACAGGAGCUCCAUGUUUUGUGUUCGCGUGGACGAGUGGAUGUUGAAACACACCAGGAAUCGAAUACAUGGUUUCCAUCCCAGUUUUUCACUGCACAACUGUUCGUAGAAACCUGACGACGGACGGCGUUCAACGCUACCUGCUUCCACCCAGAACACAAAUGUGCCGCACCAGCUCCAGGCAUAGCGGCGGACGGCCUCAACCGUCACACACAGACCUUCUAUACAGUCUCAAAACCUCUGCAUGGCGAUGAUGCAUUUCCUCGCGUGAACAGGAUCAUGUCACAAACCUGGACUCUGCGCCUUUUCCUUAUUUUAAAUCACUGUAGAAUCUGUGAUCUGAGAGGACAGGAUGCAGCGUCUGAUGUUUCUCUUCAAUAAGCCGGGGAAAAUGGUCCAUAAUGCAUUUCUCUCAAAAACCAGUGCCAUUUGGAACAAUGUCUGUCUUCAGUCCCAGUGAGCGUCUUCUCCAAUGUGCCAUUAAUGAGGGAAGAAGAAGAAGGAUAAGUGCAAGCAGCUCUCUCUGCGUGUUGAGUUUCCUGUGAACAUGGUCUCCAAGUGUUGUUGUUGUGUUUAUAUAUCAUGAAGGUUUCAUACUUAUCAUACUGGAUUGUGCCAUUCCUCGUCAUAGGGCUUAUCAUGUAUUUAUUCAUCAGCUGACACCCUCUGGCUCCCUCUGCUGGUGUUGCCAGGCAGUUACAGAGCUGGCUGCCAGCUGGUGUGAUGUGACACGUGUUCCCUUGUCAGAUUUGAACAAGUAUCAUCUUUGCUAUUUUGGAGAUCUACAAGUCUCCAGUGUUAUCUUCGAGGUCACAGUUUAGUUCAGUGUGCAUCGCAGGAGUUCACAAUAAGUAUGAGUAGCAAUACUUUACAGUGGUGAAACUGAGUGUGCACGCCUCUGUGGUAAUUUAAAGGGGUGCUCAAGUUGUGAGGGUUACAACUCAGCCUGUCAUAAAGCUGUAUAAUGUAUGUGGCUCCGAGAAUAAUUGAAUCAAGAUAAUCUAAAAUCAAUCUCUGAAUUGAGAUAACUAUUGUCUAAUGGGAAUUAGCCUCUGGGGGCAACGGCCAGUAUUUGGGGGCUUCUGGUGUAAACACAAACCUUUUGAGGUGUUUUAUGGUCCAGACGACAUUUCCGUCUCUAAAAAACGGAUAUAAUGCAGAUAAAUGAAAAAGCAGAUAGCCGAUGUAUCUUGGUCUCCACCUGCAGUGUUUAGCUGCGGGCAACCAACGCCUGCUCAAAUGUGAUUGGUUAAACUAGAAAUGGAAACCAGAGGGCUUCUGGCCCCCAAAACCCGUCCAUAGCCUUUAGAUUCUACAUUGUCACACAUGCAGAAUCUGUUUAUAGAGUUUAUUUAAGAGUGGAGAUUAUAAAUGUACACAAAUUAUAAAUUUACUUGCAAACGGAUGUGGAUGUUUACAAGGCAGAGAUGGUCAAAUGAUGAAAGAGAUGUAUAGGGAAGUGUUUUUGGAGCUUUGCCUUCUGCUGCAUUGAUCUCUCUCUCUCUCUCAAUGAAAGUGCAAUACUAAAUCAGGGGGGAAAUCAUGCUCUCAGUUUUGAAACAGGUUUGCAAACUAGUCACACAUCCCAUCUCUUACCUUGCCACACAUUAACAAGUUGUUAUUUUUACUGCCUGGUUCGUCUCUGCAACAGAUCUUAACAUUCAUGGGAGGAGUGUGUGAGCGAGGUGACAGUUUUCAUGAAUACUGAGCAGGGGUUCGUCUCGCGGGCUCCCUGACGAGGAGAAGCCGCUAGCUGCUGCCUUUUGGUCUCUACUUCAUAGUCGACAGUGUUUAUGGGGACUUGUGUAGCUGCAUAUUGUAGUGAUGAUGUUCGAGGUCAAUGUGUGAGAACAGUCGUGGGACGUCCAUUUCUUCACGUUCUUCCAGUAAACUGCAUAUUAAUAUUAUUAUCCUACACUGGUUCUAAUUAUCUGCUCGGUUCCGUUGAGGUUUUUUGGGGAAAGGUGUCAAAACCUUUGCCGACACAGAAGGGAUGAGACACAAAGCACUUGUUGAUUUUGAGUUUUAGACAAUCCUGCCUUCGCUAUCAGCUACUCUGUACAUAAUGUUUGUAAAGAAAAGAGAAGAAAAUCACCAAAAACCAGAAAAAAAGGACCAACAUUUGAUGUUAUAUAAUAUAUAGGUCAUAAAUAUGAGUGGAAAACGUUGACUUUUACAGGUCUUCAUUCUGUAAGCAUUUUCUCUCCAAAGUCGAAUGAAAGCAACAUAGAGAAUUAUAUUAUGUAUAACAGUAGUGUUGAAAUUGAAGUUGUGUAUUAGAUACUUUAUAUAAAAAUGUGCAUCAGAGUCAUAUACAGAUGGGAAUUAUUUAAGAAGAGGAUUAAUAUGAUAAUUCCGCUAUUUAUUUCUAUAUAAAAAAAAAAAGAGCGAUGUGUAUAAUGUUGGCAUGUUUGUGUUCGAGCAUCAAUCAUUAAGUUGCCUUCUUAACUGUUCUGCUACUGUGGCAAGAAAAUUAUUCGAUGUUUAAAGAGCUUUGAUUGCCUGCAGGUUAAUAACGUUUCUGUUUAUUUGAUCCAGUCUGUUGUUGCACUAGUGAGAAAAAAAAAAGAUAUUUCAGAUGUUUAUUAUAAGAGUGUUGUUUUUAAUGUUUAGCUAUUUCUCAGUAUUUGACAAAAUAUGAUGCACUUUUUUCCUGAGCGCUUUUAUCGGAAACUUUUUUUUUUUCUGUGAGGGGCGGGUGCCCGGUGGCAUCUUCUGGUGUAGAAUGAAAAACUAACUGUUCACUUACAUGUUCGGGGAAGAUUUGGGAAACGCAGAGACGAUGUGUGAACUCGACGUACAGUUUCCCUCUUUUCUCUCACGCCAUCAUCUCUCAUGUCUCUAUCUAUCGGUUGGGAAGUUACACAGAUUGAAUCUGAUUCAACUACAUGCAAGUGCUUUCGAGGAUCAUUGCCAAAAGGACCUUAUCAUCACCUUUGUGUUUAUUUCAUACCGACACUACAUGAACUCGUUUGUGAAAAUGGACCUGCUGACGAUGUUGCAGAGCCACGUGCGCUCGGAAACUGCAGACUAGAGGUGCCAAGUACGCCGGAAUCACUCCUCUGGCUUACGUCUUGAUUUUUCUGCCUCUCCAAAUGUCAACCUGACUCAUUUCUGAUUUAAUUUAUUGAUUCAGUCUGAAACAUCUAUGUAUUUAAGUAUUUAAUUUUUUCAAAUCAAACUUUGUUGCAAUGACACAAUUUCAUUAUACUGUGCAACUGAGAGACGGUGUCUGAGUGUUCAUGUACCUCUCUGUACAUAGUUUAUGUAUGAAUGAUUGUACUCAUGCCCGUUCAUCUGAAUAGUAUUUUACACAUUACCUCAACACUUAUCUGGGCAAUUAAGUGUGCAGUUUGUCUUUAUAAGUGUUUCUUUUUGUCGACCAUCACCAGGUCUGCCAAUGGAUCCAUGAACUUCAUCCUUGUUGCUGAAAAAAAAAAAAAACGUUCCCAAAAGAUAAUCAGCCUUCUACGAUGACUGCAAUAGAUGGAAAUGUUUUACGACUCAUUUUCACCCAUUUGUUGUCAUCAAUAAAAAUUGCUUUAAAUUGUA